CCGAUGAUGACCACAUGGAGGGGACGGAGCGCAAGCGAACUAUGGUUAACGACUGUUCUGCCAUACUGUCAGAUGAGAUGCACCAACAUAUGACAAUCAGUGAAAAGCCUUCCAGCAGCUGCAAGAGGAUCCGAGUGAGAUCCAGGCCCAGACUGAAGUCCACAAAAAGUUUCCCACCGUACAGUCAGUGUAUAGGUGGACUCGGAGAGGGCGAGGAGGGGGACAAUGAGCUCAACUCAGAAUCGAGUAACGUGCCGAGGGACAACACAAAUGAGGUCGCUGAAGGCACAGAAAGGAAAGAGGACUUUGAAUUGAACGCAAAAUGUGCAAGGGAUGAGGUGAAGGCAAAAUGGAAGAACAGGAGGAAGGAGAGACUCUGGGGGAGCCAUGAAGAUGCUUCAGACGGUUGGGAGAGGGCGAGGUGCAGCGGGAAAAGAAGCGGAGAAGAGAGUGGAAGAGAGAGGGAGUGUGGGCUGCCCCCUAACAGCGAGAGGAAACACUUGAGAGGAAGAAACUCCAGUUUUGAGAUGGACAUGAAAGAAGAAGAGGAUGAAGAGAGGAAGAGGUCUCCUGUUGCAGCAGCAGAGAUAGAGAAGGAGGAGAGAGGGGAGAACCUGGAGGGGGGGGUUGAAGUGGCAGAGGAGUUGACAGGGAUGAGAAAGAUCUCCUCAACACAUCAGUGGUCCACACCGCACCCAAUCCUCUCCAAGCUUUUGCAAUCCUCCUCCACCUCCUCCACCUCCUCCGUCAACUUCUCCUCAGCGGAGAGCGACGAGGUCUUCAGUGAAGGAGAAGAUGUUGGCUCAAGGAGGAGGGCAUUUAGGAAGUUCCGCACCUGGAAAUCCUACCUGACCGUGAUGCACUGGUCGAUGCGGAGGCAGAGCUCCUGGGUCCAGCUGGCUGGACAUCAAGGCACCUUCCAGCUGAGUGAGGGAGGUGAGGUGUUGAAACUGUACAGUGAAGUAGAGGCAAAGUGUCUGGACUGCCUGAUGAGAGACCCGCUGAGACCCUUUGUCCCUCAAUACCACGGCUUGGUCACCAAGGGGGACCACUGCUACAUCCGCCUGGAGGACUUGCUGAGCGGCCUGAGGAAACCGGUCAUCAUGGACUGCAAGAUGGGAGUCAGGACAUACCAGGAAGAAGAGCUGAUCAAAGGCCGGAAUAAAGCUACCCUGCGGCGUGACAUGUACCAGAAGAUGGUGGAAAUAGACCCGUCCGCUCUAUCGGCGGAGGAACAUGAACAGGGAGGGGUGACCAAGUGUCGAUACCUCCAGUGGAGGGAUACCAACAGUUCUACGUCCACACUGGGCUUCAGGAUAGAAGGUGUCAUGAUGGAGGACGGAAGUGUCCAACGGGACUUCAGGAAAAUUCGGACUCUAGCUCAGGUCACGGAGGCGUUCCUCUUCUCCACCGGGAGACAGCUGGAAAUCCUGAAAGCCUACCACUCCAGGCUCCUGGCACUGAGGGAUGCACUGAAGAACUCAUUAUUUUUCAGAACCCAUGAGGUGAUUGGCAGCUCGCUUCUCUUUGUCCACGACCACAGCAGCCAGGCCAGCGUGUGGAUGAUAGACUUUGCGAAGACGACACCGGUGCCCGACGCGAGCCCGCUCAGACACAACAUCCCGUGGGCUGAGGGGAGCAGAGAGGACGGCUACCUCAUCGGGCUGACCUCCCUCAUCACUUCUCUGAGCCGGGCCAUCAGUGUGGCCUCUUGGCAGCAGGAGGGCAGCUGUGGAGAAGAAAAGACUGAUGCAUGAGACUCUCUUCAUGUACAACACUCAGUGGACAAAACGACUGCUGUUACACUCUGAACUGUUUCCUCAUCGCAUUCACUAGAAGGGACCACAGGAGAGGAUUUGUUUGUGAGAAAUCCGUCUUCAUAGGCUGAGAAAAAGGAACGGUAUAAAUUAGCUAAAAACCGAGGUAAAGAGAUGUGGUGACCCUGAAAUUGUCCAUCUGGCAUAUGCUUCCUGUAAGUGGAGACAGUGUUUUAUUAUAAAGAACCUUUCUUUGUUACUAGUCCCUUUUUAUUUCAUGAAGGACC